UGUAGGGGGAGGCAGUGCGAGCCAGCCCCGACUGCUCCUCCUCUUCCUCCUCCUCCUCCAAACUCGCAGGGCUCAGCCCCAGCGCUCGCUCAGCCGCCGGAGCACCCGGAGGGACGGGAGGCUGCCGCGCGGCCCCGGGCUGGGAAGGGUCCCCAGCCGCCAUGGACAGCGACGACGAGAUGGUGGAGGAGGCAGUGGAAGGGCACCUGGAUGAUGAUGGAUUACCGCACGGGUUCUGCACGGUCACCUACUCCUCUACAGACAGAUUUGAGGGGAACUUUGUCCACGGAGAAAAGAACGGCCGAGGGAAGUUCUUCUUCUUUGAUGGCAGCACCCUGGAAGGGUAUUACGUGGACGACGCCCUGCAAGGCCAGGGAGUUUACACAUACGAGGACGGAGGCGUUCUGCAGGGCACCUACGUGGACGGAGAGCUGAACGGUCCAGCCCAGGAGUACGACACGGACGGGAGGCUCAUCUUCAAGGGGCAAUACAAGGACAACAUUCGGCAUGGAGUAUGCUGGAUCUAUUACCCAGACGGAGGCAGCCUUGUGGGAGAAGUAAAUGAAGAUGGGGAAAUGACGGGCGAGAAGAUAGCCUACGUGUACCCUGAUGAGAGGACCGCACUCUACGGGAAGUUCAUUGACGGAGAGAUGAUAGAAGGAAAACUGGCCACGCUUGUGUCCACUGAAGAAGGCAGACCUCACUUCGAGCUCAUGCCUGGAAGCUCCGUGUACCACUUCGACAAGUCCACUUCUUCCUGCAUCUCCAGCAACGCUCUGCUUCCAGACCCUUAUGAAUCAGAGAGGGUUUAUGUUGCAGAAUCUCUCAUUUCCAGUGCCGGGGAAGGACUGUUUUCGAAGGUGGCAGUGGGCCCCAAUACCGCCAUGUCUUUUUAUAAUGGAGUCCGAAUUACACACCAAGAGGUUGACAGCAGGGACUGGGCCCUUAAUGGGAACACCCUCUCCCUCGAUGAAGAAACGGUCAUUGAUGUGCCUGAGCCCUAUAACCACGUAUCCAAGUACUGUGCCUCCUUGGGACACAAGGCGAAUCACUCCUUCACUCCAAACUGCAUCUAUGAUAUGUUUGUCCACCCCCGCUUUGGGCCCAUCAAAUGCAUCCGCACCCUGCGAGCGGUGGAGGCUGACGAGGAGCUCACGGUCGCCUACGGCUAUGACCACAGCCCCCCCGGCAAGAGUGGGCCUGAAGCCCCCGAGUGGUACCAGGUGGAGCUAAAAGCCUUCCAGGCCUCCCAGCAAAAGUGAAAGGCCUGGCCCCGGGGGUCCAGAGACCUGGCACAGAAACUUGGAUCUAUGCACUACGAUUCUCCGACAAUGGGACAGCCAGGGACUGCUCGUGCUGCACCAUCACAUCCUCUCGGGCUGCGCUAGCAGCGACGCUCUCGCACACUAACUAGGUCUGACUGCAUUACUCAUACCAGAUUUAAAAUUAGCUAGCCUUGCAGCAACAUCCUACUGAGAGGGUUCGUGGAGCACUCGACCUACGGCGGCGUGACGUUCGGUGGCGGUUCGGGUCUAAAUCUGUCCCAAAUUCAGAGAUGCCAAAUGAUCAGACUGAAAACGGGAGAUGGGGCUUUUCGGUCAUGUGUCAUCAGUGGUUUUUUUUUUCCCCCUCCGGCCAAUGCAGAUUGCAGUAUCACACUUGCUUCUGCGCCGUGAGGGAAAUAGAGAAUGAUUACAUCUGUAUUCUCUAAAUGUAGUAUAAUUUGCCUUCUAACCUUUGAUCUGUAUCUUGCAAUAGACUGGCUUUGUUUUUUUCCUAGUACCCAGAAGCCCUCUUUUUGGGUCAUUUCAAUUCUCAGUCCUGUUCCCUGUCUUAGCUAUCCUCCCGGAUGGAUGAUGAGAGAAACCUUCCAAACGGGUGUUGUGUCACUGGGAGUGCGUAGGUCUUUCUGGCUCUUUGUUUCAUUAUUACACCCUAAUAUAAAGUACUGGCUCAUAGAGCCGGGAGUUGUUAUUAUAGAAUUAUUAUUCUCGCAUGUGAACAAAGAUAUCUUUGCUUUAAGAUGUGGGAAGAAAUGAAUUUACUUUGUUUGCAUUAAGUUAUGGGAGAGUUGUAAUAUAUACUUUAAGAGAGAAGAGAGGAAUAUUAGUAUUUCUAAGCAGUAACUGUGGCAAUUUUGCAAUAUCUUCAAUAGUGUUAGUCAUUUUUUUUUCUCCUUGGGGACACAUUAAAUGUACAUAACAUAGCGCAGUCUGGCUUGUGGCACAGUGCAUUGAACUCAAAAGUCAAAUAGCAAACUUGAGUUCUAACACAGAAUUCAAACAACAAGUUUUAAAUCAAUACUGUUAAGGCAGACAUACUGAUCUCUAGGUACAAAUCAAACCUUACUCUUGCUCAUUGUAAUUUCAAAACUGACUUGCUUCAGAGCAUUAUAAACUGAAGAGUUAGCACCUGUGUAGUUGACAGCAGCAGUAUCAAUAGCCUUUCAGCCAUCUUUGCAAGCCAUGCGUAAUCACAACUGCAGAAAUAAGGAGAAAACCCUUGUUUUUUAGUUUAGCACAUUAGAUCGAUAACAUAGCUGGGAUGGCUCUGAAUGAAUCCGGAAUGCUUGGUUUUCGAUAAGCAGUGCACCACAUGCCACCGAUUUGGAGCUGGUCUUCUUCAGGUGCUGCGAUGAGGUCGCAGGAAGAUCUUGCUCUGACCUGCAACCAUCAGCAGUGGCCAUCUGUCGCCCCCAGUCGGUUUGGCCUUGAAAGCAGAAGCCUUCCAAGCUGUAGUCCACAGUGAGCUCCCGCUGAUGGGAGAAGUAUGGCUGGGAGCGGUGGAAGAACCAGGAGACAGGGAAAAGAAAGUUUGCUAGCUCUUGUCAGUGAGACAGUGCUCUUAGGACGCCUUUAAUAGAAGAGCGUGAUCCAGGGCAGCCGGCAACUUGGAGUUCAGGUAUCCCAGGGGCGGGGAAAGGGGUUGCAGCCUGCAGGGUUCACCCCUCAAGGCAGUGACCGAGCUGUCCAUCUGGCCUUUUCAAGGCCAGGCUUCCUGGACGCCUGGCUGUGUGCUUUGGAGCUAGGUGGUGGGGGAUUUGGGGAGAUCCAGCUGGAUUCCUGUUUGGAUGCUUAGGCUGAUGGUUCACAGUACAAGAGGGAGUCUUCAGGGCUUCCAGGAAGGGCUCCUGCAAAAGGAACUGCAUGAGGUUUUUAGCUCAAAAGGCAGCAGGGUAGGAUCACUUCUAUUCUGUAGAAAGAGAUUGUUCUGUAAUCUGUGGCAGACGGACGGAGUCUCUGGACUUGGAUUCUGAUAGGUGCUUUCAUUUAAAGGUAUCCCAAAGUGAGCGACAGGAGGAAGUAGCCCCAGUCAGGGGGGCCUGCAGAGCCAGGUCAGGGAGAGAGGUCGGAGAGAGCAGGGUGCAGGUUAGACCUGUGACACAGCCGUCUGUGGUCUCCCGCGGUCACCGCCACGCUGGGGUAUAAUUUCUCUCCCAGAAGGGUACUCUAGUGAUCCCCUUGAAAUGCAAUUAGAACAAAAUUUUUGGAUCAAAGGGAUUGAAGAUGGUUAGGAGUCCUGAAGUAAACUGAUCAAUUCUUCCAAUUAGAUAUUGCGUGAAAACACUCAGCUGACAACCAGGCCGUGUGUCUGUGACCUCCAGGUAAUUUGGAGGCAAGAGGACACCCACGCUGAGCCUCUCUCUGACUUUUUGCCUGAUUCUCCACACUUCCUGCUUGCCUUUUCCCAGCCCCGGCUCUUUCUUCUUCUCUCUCCUCCCACACAAGGAAACCUGGCUUUCUAGGUGGAACCCCAGCCCUAGCCGGACUCCUCCAUCCCCAACUCUCCAGGCAAGUCGCUCUCCUCUCUUGUAGUCUGUGUCUCCAGCUCGCUCGCUCUUUCGCUCUCUCUCUCUUCCAGACCCUUCUGUGUGAACCUUCCUCCAGAUGCUCUGUACCCCUGAGUGAUGCUGUCGCACCUGCUCUCCCCCACCACACCUCCCCUCAUGCACACACAUUCCGCUUUGCACAGGUAGGAAUGGAGGGGCCCUGAGACCCGCUGUGUUGUGCAGGUGGGGAAAGAAGUGGUGAGGGCCAGGGUUUCAGAAGGAGUUGGCUGCUGGGGAAAGACCAGUGUGGUCCUUGUUUGAACCAAAGUGCGAAUGGAACAGCCUCAGAAUGGCAUGUUUUUCACCCGCUGUAGCAGGAGCUAUGUCAGGAAGCAGCUGACUCCGUAUCCGGGUCACCACAGGGAUGUGCAGGGGCCCACGUGGCGGGAGUGGAGAUGUGAGUCUAUGCGCUCCUAAACAACAGCAUUGUCCAGGAGAUUCACUCAGAGCUGUCUCAGUCCAAUCCUGCAUGACUAGAUCUUCCCGUAGCAUCUUUUCUAGAACGAGCUACUAUCUCAUGGUAGAGUUAGGACUAGGACGUAGCCUGGAGGAGCAUGUCCCAGCUGGACAUUGAAUGGACUCACAAACGCCGCAGUAGGACUGAAUGUCCGACUCACAGGAAGGACGAGAUGCAAAGGCCACAGAGGAGGAGGACUUGGGUUUUGCAGGACCUACUCUUGUUUCAACCUGCUUCAACCCCACAGCCCGACCUGAGCAUCCAGGAAGGAAAUUCGUUUUUCACGACCUCUCUGAACCUGCCUGGGACUAUAGUUAGAGCUAUUGGCCCUGGGGUUCUUCAUGCUUGAAAAUCGAUUUCCUUCUCUCCAACAACCCAAAAAGGCCAAGAAGACCACUUGUCGCCAUGCACAGCGUGGAAAUGUGACGAUCCAAAUCUCCUUCAUUGUGAACAGCGAGCUACAGGGUUAUCUUGGGGAGACAGUACUGAUGCUUUUAGUAACUUUCAUGGAAUAUACAGAAAUUUCAAUCGCUCAUCUCAAAAUGCAUUUAAAAUCUUCCAAGAGGGUAGAGGUACAGUUUUCCAUUUUUUGGGUUUAAAACAGUUGCCUCGAGUUUCUGUCUUAAGAGUAGUGAUUUAAUAGAAUCGUGACAUCUUUUGUUUUAGAAAAACAAGCAAAACUACGUUGCAAGACUGAUAGUUGUAAUGUUUAUUUGCCACAGAUCAAAGGUUCACAAAAUCUAUUAAAAUUGCAACCACUUGAGGUACCUCGAUAGAUUUUUUGUUUGUUUGUUUUUUUCUUUGAACUUUCCUUUCAGGAAUUUGGAGGCUUUUUUACUUUAAAAAUACUAAAUUUCAAUAAUUUCCUUUUGCCAAAUGUGUGCAUACAUACUCAAAGCAAUGAAACUCUCUCAAGCCAUAUGACCACAGGGGUGGAAGCCCUUUUCGCAAAUUUUAAUGUGUUUGUAUGUAAAUAGAUGUUUGUAUGAAAUAUUUUCUUGGUAGAAUGACUAUAUUUAAAUGAAGCUGAAUUACUCCAGUGCUAUUUAAACAGAUUACACAAAUUUUGGUGAGAAUUCUAGGAGUCUAUUGAGAUACAAUGCAGAUCAAUUUUGACUUUUAGAAAUCAAAAGCCUACAAAUCACUCUGGCUCGAGGCAGCGCCCCCAGGCGGUUGCCCCGAGGUGUGGAGCGAGUUCGUGGGCUUCCCCAGUGCCUCCGCCGCUUCCUGGUGGUAAGUUAGGUGCUAACGGAGGUGUGUUCACCUUUCAGCGACAUCCCUGCGGGCCCCCGAGGGGCCCCAGGGUGAGUCAGAGGCAUUAGAGACGCUGGUGCAGUUCCCCGGAGCACAAUUUCUUUGCAGGGCAGCAGAAUCAGAAGCCAGACUCGGCCGUGGGAGCCUCGGAGCUGGGGUUCCCGGCCGCCACCCUCACUGCCUAGCCACACACGUCAGGGAGGCUGCCCUCCAUGGAGCUGGGGUCAGGCCCCAGGGUGGGACUUCGCGGCUUUGCCAGCGCUGGCUGCCUGCCCGAGAGGCGGCGGCAGGCGCCAGCAGGGGGCCGGUUUCUCAGCACAGCCCACUCACUCCCUGUCUGGGCUCUGGAAGACUAUGCCCCUGAGCGCCCGACUUCCAACCAGACAGAGAGACGGCCUCGGUCCCGCGCACCCUCGCUUCCUCUGUGACUUCACACACAGCUCUUAGAAGUCGUUUUAGGAGCAAAACCAUUCACAUCCCUAGGACAUACCUCCCGACUCUCCUAACUCUUAGGUUACAGGGAAAAAAAAAAAAAAAAAAAAAAAACUCCUUUCGAGGACGUUCAACUUGCGUGUUUUUUUUUUUUUUUUCCUUUUCCACUUUGGUCCUAGAUAUAAUGAAAUGAUAAAUAUUAUGACAAAUUUUCACUGUGUAUACUAGCAAUAUGAACACACACACCAGUGUAUCUUAACAUAUCGACUGGGUUACAUUUUGGGUCACUGUACUUCACCUUGAUUCCUGUUUUGGGAAACCGCAGGGACCCCGUCAUGCCUGCUUACAGGAGAACGUCAUGUCUGUGAUUCUGAGCUCCCUCCUUCAGCAGUUUCUCCUCCUGGGUUUUCUAUGUUCUCUUUCUAUCUGGAAAUGCACUUACAAGCUUGUGAGGGAUGUUUAAGGAAUGGCAGCCAGGGGGUGCUUUCAGCAUUAUUGCAACCCAAAGUUAACCCCACGACAGUUAAGGAGCAUUUUUGGUCUUUUGUGGAAUUUGAACUAAAUCUAUGAGCCUUAUUCAAUAUCUAUAAUUUUAUGAUUUUUUUUUAAAUUAUGGGAAAUUAAUGGAAGAUGUUUACAUGAAUACUGUUUGCCCUUACUGUGUGAUGAAUGAGUUUUUUGUAGUGUGUCUGGGUGCAUGUGCAAGAGAGUAGGAAAAAUGUUUCUGAAACAAAACUUGACAAAUAUUUGUAAUGAAAAGUAAAUUUAAAGAUUGCUAUAAUUGCGCUAUAGAAACAAUGCAAGUAUUAAACAAAAUAU